AGUCCAGGGUUACAACACCAACGGUGACAACAGUGGCAAGGGUUACAACAUCAACGGUGACAACAGUGGCCAGGGUUACAACAUCAACGAUGACAACAGUGGCCAGGGUUACAACAUCAACGGUAACAACAGUGACCAGGGUUACAACAUCAACGAUGACAACAGUGGCCAGGGUUACAACAUCAACGGUGACAACAGAGGCGAUGGUUACAACAUCAACGGUGACAACAGUGGCCAGGGUUACAACAUCAACGGUGACAACAGUGGCGAUGGUUACAACAUCAACGGUGACAACAGAGGCCAGGGUUACAACAUCAACAGUGACAACAGUGACCAGGGUUACAUCAACGGUGACAACAGUGGCCAGGUUUACAACAUCACCGGUAACAACAGAGGCCAGGGUUACAACAUCAACAGUGACAACAGAGGACAGGGUUACAACAUCAACGGUGACAACAGAGGCCAGGGUUACAACAUCAACAGUGACAACAGAGGACAGGGUUACAACAUCAACGGUGACAACAGAGGCCAGGGUUACAACAUCAACGGUGACAACAGAGGCCAGGGUUACAACAUCAACAGUGACAACAGAGGACAGGGUUACAACAUCAACGGUGACAACAGAGGCCAGGGUUACAACAUCAACGGUGACAACAGAGACCAGGGUUACAACAUCAACGGUGACAACAGGCCAGGGUUACAACAUCAACGGUGA